AUGCGGAAAGCAAACAUGCUGAUGCCAGCCAUUUGGUUUGGACACACCAAACCAAAUAUGAGUGCUCUGCUAGAGCCAUUUAGAAGAGAGCUUCAGGAGCUAGCAUUAGGGUUUCCCUGCAUUAGAGACGGAAAAACAGUCAACACACGUGUAUUCGCUGUCGUCUGCUCUGUAGACGCCGUUGCAAGAUCGGCAGUGAAGAACUGCAAGCAGUUCAAUGGGUACUUCGGAUGUGGGUGGUGCUACCACCCAGGAGGCUCUCAUUACCCGUACCUGGACCCUGCACCUGAGCAGCGUUCGGAAGAAGCCCACUCACUUGAGGCAGAGGAGGGAACUCCUGGAGCACCAGUCAACGGUGUCAAGGGUCCCUCACUAAUCAUGAAACUUCCUCGGUUCAACCCUAUUGAUGGGUUCAUCCCUGACUAUCAGCACUGUGUUUGUCUGGGUGUGAUGCGGCAGCUCCUAAAGCUGUGGCUGGACACAGAGAAUCACGACCAGCCUUGGUAUGUAGGGACCAAGCUAGGGGUCAUGAACGGUAUUCUCCUCGGCAUCCUACCACCCACAGAAAUCACGCGCACACCCAGGAGGUUUGAGGAACGUGCCUUCUGGAAGGCUUCAGAAUUUAGGGCACUCCUUUUGUUUUAUGGUUAUGUGGUUCUGAAGCCGGUGCUGCCGCCGCAGUACUUCCAGCACUUCGCACUGUUGGCCUAUGGCACAUACUUGCUGCUAAAACAGCAAGUGUCAUUCACGGACAUCUGUGAAGCUCGAGCACUGCUUUCAAAGUUUGUGCUGCAGAUGGAGAGAUUGUACGGCAUUCAGCAUAUGUCGUACAAUGUGCAUCAACUUCUCCAUCUGUCAGAUGCUGUGAUAGCAUGGGGACCCCUGUGGGCUACUUCUUGCUUUCCAUUUGAAGGAAGGAAUGCAGUGCUUUUGAGCUACUUUGCAGGCACACAGUGCGUGGGCCAGCAAAUCGCAAGGACGUUCAUCCGAUGGCAGGAGCUGGCCCCGUGGGUAAGCAGCAUGAACCUCCCGCAGGCAGCAGAGUUUUUUGAAGAAAUGAUGGGACGGAAGACCAUCGGGCGCACAGGCACCCAGAUUCCGGGCGAUGUAGUUGUUUACACUAGGCAGAGCUCAGGUGCUCAAGACAUCCGGUUCGAGGUGGCACUCGAGAGGGCCCUGAAUGCGCUACCAUUAAGCAUUGUCUAUUAUCACAGGUUUCAGUGCAAUGGCAUCCUGUGGCACUCCGAGACCUACCCAAUGCCAAAAAGAGCCAACUGCGUUGCUCAACUGAGUGAUGGUUCAUUUGGCAUUGUACAGGCACUCGCUGUAUUUAAGCCAUCAAGCACUAGGUCUCAUGUUGAACACCUUGUUCUCAUGGAGAAAAUGAAACUGACACCAGUAGUUGGUUUCAAGGACGGACAGCUGGGGGUACAGUUUCUGUCUGUACGAGAAGGCAUGCGAUCGGGCGCCCUAAUUGCUUGCAGCUCGAAGCAGCUCGCUGCUAAAUGCGUAAUUACGGAACGUACCGAGAACACGUUCCUUGUUAUACCACUUCCGAACAAGGUUGAACGUGAUUAAGCCCAGGCUUAACAUGCAUGGGAAGUGUUGCUCUAACUCACAUGCUAGAGCUGCUGGCCAGUUUAUCUUCUUGACCAGACCCAGCUGUAUUGGCAACUCCAGCGAAAUCGACGCCACAUAGCGGCAACGCCGAGAAGCUCAAUGCCGUAUUGUAGAGAAAACAGACAGGCAUGUACUGUAGCUAGUCACUGUGCGUGACGCCCAUCUUUAUUCUAUUCUCUUCUUCCUUUUCCUUUCCCCGUCAGCUCCCGUUCCCACUUCUUCGGCCAACAUGACAUACUCCCCCACUAGUAAAAAGACUGUUAUGGAGAGUAACAAUCAGGAGGCCGUGCAUUCCU